GGAGGCGGCCAUUGAAUACAUCCCUGGCUAAGAACCAGCUUGUCCUGAAGGCAUUUGGAAUCUGCACAUAGUGAGUCAAGGUAUGUGCAGGACCUGUGGCCUGUCGUGGGCUUACUUUUCUUUUUUUUCAAACUUGAAGGUGGGAGGAGAGAGCUGUUGUUGCCCCCGUAAUUCAUUUCUGUUCCCCUGUGGCUCCUGAUCAAGAAGGUGCGGAAGGCUUUUGCAGUCUUUCAAAUACCUGAAAAACCUAUUUUGCAACCACAGAGGGACCAGGAUGGGAGGAAUCAAUAUGCUUAAAGUGAGCAACUCUCUUAAAAGCUCUUUUUUAACUGCCUCUUUGUUGGCAGUUGAGCUCCAUCGUGGGUUAUUUCCCCAAAGGCCUGGCACACUGAUAAUUACUUAUGUGGAUCACAGAUCCUGAUCCUCAUUACCUGCUUGUGGGUUUCCCAGAGACAUCUCAUCAGCCACUGAGGGACACUGUGUGCUUGACUUGGAAACCCAUUUCAUCGGUCCAGUUCAGUUCCUCUUAGAGUCUCAUUUUCCCAACUGCAGGGGGUUGGACCAGAUGACUUGCGGGGGUCCCAUUCACCUGUACAGUUCUAUGCUUCUGCGAAACAAGGGUGCAUGGCACCAUGCAGGAUUAGAUCUUCUUGCUUAACAGCUGCUAGACAGGAGGCUCUGGUCCUGUGUAGCACUGCAUCACAAGUGGGUCUGUUUUGGGGGGGAGCUGUUUAUCAAGCAGCACCCACACCCCACAGAAUUGGUGCCUCAACAAUUGUUAAGCAGAGGCUUCGAUCCUGUCGAGAAGGAAAGAGAGGUCUCUUCUCCUGAGAAGAUACAGCCUUUCCGGUCAAGUAGGUCACAGACUUUCCCACUCAGUUUUCCUGCCCUGUCUGCUUCUCCAUCUUGCCUGGUAGCCUGCACCCUGAUAAUCACCCUGGGCAUAGUUUUAACUUUGGAAAGGUGGUGUGCAAAUAAAAUGGUUGAUUUGCUGAUUGAAUUUCAUCAGAAUAAUAAUAAUUAAUAAUAAUAAUUUUUUAUUUAUACCCUCCCAAGGCCAGGCUCAGGGCGGCUAACAAGCAAUAAUAAAGACAAGUUGAAUGAAUACAACUUAAAAACAAGAUUAAAAUAUAACAUUAAAAUAUUGAAACAGUAAAAUAUUAAAAUGUCAAAAUACAGCCUCAUCACAUGAGGAGAAAGGAAAAAGAAAGAGGGGGAGGGAAUCAAAUUGGCUCCAAGCCAAAGGCCAGGCAGAACAACUCUGUCUUACAGGCCCUGCGGAAAGAAAUCAGAUCCCGCAGGGCCCUGGUCUCAUGAGACAGAGCGUUCCACCAGGCCAGAGCCAGUGUUGAAAAGGCCCUGGCUCUGGUUGAAGCCAAUCUAACUUCCUUAGGGCCCGGGACCACUAGGGUGUUGCUAUUUAUGGACCUUAAGGUCCUCCAUGGGGCAUACCGGGAGAAUCUACCUCUCUUUUCAAUAAUUUUCAAGUGAAAUUCCUCCCCGCCCACCCACCCCCCAUUAAUGUAUACCUGAAGGAGCAUCUCCACCCCCAUCGCUCCACCUGGACACUGAGGUCCAGCUCCGAGGGCCUUCUGGGGGUUCCAUCACCGUGAGAAGUGAGGUUACAGGAGGGCCUCCUCGGUAGUGGCACCCACCCUGUGGAACGCCCUCCCAUCAGAUGUCAAGGAAAUAAACAACUAACCAGUCAGGUGGACAGCAUGUAAAAUUGUUGUUGUUGUUAAAAAACAGGGAAUAGUCACAAAACUGCACAAGGCAUUUUUGGUUCUGCGCCAGCAUUGGAUGGCAUCUGUGUCACCACAAACUUUUACUCAAGGACUCGUUUUGGACCAGCUCCUCUGGCUUUUCAGACAAUGGGGGAAGCUGCUGUCGCAGCCCACAAAGGGGAAGUUGUGGUCUCUUCUGAGCUCAGUGUUGUCACUGGUUUCACAACUUCCAGAAUGUGUGAUGCUCUAGGCAUGGGGUGAAGGAGGGCCUCGGGGGAGCAAGACACAGUCAAGCUUGGCAGCCCAAAGAGAAAAUCACAUCAAGAAGUUGUUGCAGACGCACAUUGUGAUAUUGGAAGCGUAUAGAUAGUUCUGCUUGCAUUGUGAUUGCACAUGAGUAGCCCAGGCAUGGUGAGUCCUCACAGAUGCUCAGCCUAGAGAUUAAACCAGGUUAUCACUGCCAUCUCGAGUUAUUCCUUAGGCCAGUUGUUAGAAGCUGCGGGAUUGGAGAACGCUCUUGUUUUCAGUUCCUGUUUGCUAGUUCCCGCAGGCACCUAGUUGACCAUUGUGAGAACAGAAUGCUGGACUUGAUGGACAAUGGCAGGCUCAUCCAGCAGGCUCAUCUUAUGUUCUUAUAUGCGAAUGUUCUGGCAUUCCUCACCCAACAUACCUCAUUGAAUUCAGGAGGACUGACUUAUAAGCAGUAAUUCUAAGAAGCAAUUAAAAUUGUUUCAGCAGUUUGCUUCAUUACAGGGUGCCUUGCAUUGUAGAAGUGGGAUUGAAUCUAGGCUUACAGUUCUCAGGCAAAUUCUCCUAACACAUUUUCCUUUCCCCCCCCCCCCCCCAAAAAAAAGUGUACGGCAGUCAAAAUGACAUUAAAAAAAUGUGUUUAUUAAGAGAAAAUUGCACUACAAUGCUCGGAAAUUGUCAUUUUUAUAAUUGCUGCAGAAAUGUGGAGAACCAAAUUUAAAACCGGAAAAAUAAGAAACAAAAAAUGCCAAAUUUGGUAUAUCCUUCCAUCCCUAGUCAUGCCUAACUUGGGGCCAUUCAUUUCAAUGGGUCUACUCUGAAUAAAACUUAGUUGGAUACAACUCUCAGUUGGCACAUGUAAAAUACAGUGGUACCUCGGUUUUCAAGCAUCUCAGAAGCCAAACGUUUUGGUUUUCAAGCACCCAAAACCCGGAAGAAAUUGCUUCCGUUUUCGAAUGCGCCUCAGAAGUCGCACAGCUUCCACUGUGGGUGUUUUUGUGUGUGUGUGUGUGUUUUUUCAAAUUUCUCCAUUGACUUUGCAGACUGUCCUUUGCGCCUCGGUUGUCGAACGUUUCAGAAGUUGAAUGGUCUUCCAGAAUGAAUUACGUUGGACAACCGAGGUACCACUGUACUAGAUAGAUAGAUAGAUAGAUAGAUGAGAGAAGCCUAAGAAAGAAAUCAAAAUCCAAGACCAGCCAAUAAAGACUGAAGAUGCUCAGUGAUCACAGAAUGCUGAAUGUCUCUUGUAGGGAGAGGGGAGCUGGAAGGAGAGGAAUGGAAGAUCUUGAGAGAAGGAAUGGGCGGCUAGCUGGAACACUGAACAAGGGCACUCCAGACUACAACUCUUCUUACAGGUCCCACUCAUUCCCACUAAUAGCAUAUUUAGGGGCUCUGCACUAACUGGUACCACAGCAAUAUGACGGCCCCCCACAGGUGUUAAGUCAGUAUUUUUUUAACGUAUUGCCAAUAAUCCAAGGUGUGAGAUUUAGAGCAGGGAGAAAGACACUAAAUAUGGCCUGUUUCCUUUCUGCAGACAUCAUGAACUCCUCCUCAGCUGACCAGGUUGACACCACACCGGUGGAAGCCGCCAUGCGCCACAUCGCCAUAGUAACCAACGUCAUCAUUCUGAUCCUGGGCGUUAGUGGCAACGGGCUGGUGGUGUGGGCCGUAGCCAAGCGGGAGAAGCGCAAAACCUUCACCUCCACCUGCUACCUCAACCUGGCUGUGGCAGACCUCCUCUUCUCGGCCGGCCGUAUCCCUGCCCUUGUGCAGGAGAUCAUGUACUCAAGCUGGCCCUUUGGCCUCGCCUUGUGCAAGCUCCACACUUUCGCCCGCUACCUCACGGUCUUCACCAGCGUCUUCAUCCUCACCAUCAUCAGCGUACACCGCUGCCUGUUGAUCUCGAGGCCCGUCUGGGCCCGCAACCACCAGGGCCCUCGCUUUCAAGUCCUGGCAUGCGCUGGGGCAUGGAUCCUAGCUCUCGCCUUCAGCAUCCCUUAUCUGGUGGUGCGCCAUGUUGAAAUAAAAAAUGGAUUGCCCUACUGCGUCUAUCGGGGAGAUCUCAAGAGAGCCACAGACCUGCCCCUGAGGCUGAGCAGGUUCUUUGGAGCGUUCCUGGUGCCCUUCAUCAUCAUCGCUGUGGCCUACUUGGUUCUGAUUUGCAAACUCCGAGGACGGCGCUGGGAGGGAUCCCACCGCACCUUCGCUUUGGUGGCCACCAUCGUGGUCCUCUUCUUCGUCUGCUGGCUCCCCCACCACAUCUUCGUACUUCUCAGCACCGUGUCAGUAGAAAAGCACAUGUGGGGGAUUGGGCUCAAGCUGUCGAAUGCUCUGGCGUACCUCCACAGUUGUGUCAACCCCAUGCUGUAUGGCUUCGUGGGGUAUGUCCGAAGCAGAGGCCUCCAUCGGCGGGCUUCUUUCUUGGGGUUCUUCCGCAAAGCACUAACUGAAGAGGAUGAAGUCUCCGCUGGGGCAGAAGCAUCACGGAGCCUUAGUCAGAAGGUCUGAGAAGCAGUGAAAUGUUGGGACAUUCUCACAGGGAAGGCUUUGCCAUGAAGUCCCCUGGCUACUUUACUUUCAGAAAAGAUGGGAGGUUGCAGUGCCUGUAACAAGAGAUCUGGUGAUCAGGAGAGCUGACAUUGAUUCUGUACCUGUGACUUCCUUGAUACCCAGAGCUGGAUCUAGGCUUUAAGUGUGCUCUUGAGAAAGAUGACCUCUGUGGGCUUCUUGCCUCCACCUAAACACUGCCCAUUUUCCUCUGCAUCUGGACCUAAUUUCAACCACUACCUAGAGCAGUAGGCAAACUAAGGCAGCUGCCUCCAGAGGCAGAAUUUGGGUGUUAUGAAAACUCUGUUAUUUAGUUUAAUCACAUUGCAUUUUUCUGUCAGAGAGGUGUGAGAUGAAUUUUUAUUUUUUGCCUCUGGAGCCAAAGCAACUUGACUAGCCUUGGAAACUUUGCACCUUGAUUUAGAGCUGAGGAGUGGGGAGCAUCUGCCUUGGGCCACCAAGUGUCCUGGGUCUCCUCUUCUCCAGAAAAUAAUGGCAAAGAUAUUUGAAGAUGACUAUCAUAUUUCCACCUAGUCUCCUCUCAUCCAGACUAAGCAUACCCAACUCCCUCAACCAUUCCUCAUAAGGCUUGGUUUCCAGACCCUUGAUCAUCUUGGUCACUCUGCACACCUUCCAGCUUGUCAAUAUCCAUCUUAAAUUGUGGUGCCCAGACCUGGUCACAGGACUCCAGGUGUGGUCUGACCAAAGCAGAAUAGAGUGGUGCUAUUACUUCCCUUGAACUGGACACUAUACUUGAUGCAGCCUAGAAGAACAUUAGCCUCUUUUCUUUUCUUUUCUUUUCUUUUCUUUUCUUUUCACUGAUGCAUCAUGAUGUUGACUCAUGUCAAGCUUGUGGUCUACUAAGACCCCUAGAUCCUUUUCACAUGUACUACUAGCAAGCCAGGUGACCCACAUCUUAUACUGGUGCAACUGGUUAUUUCUUUCUAAGUGCAGAACCUUACAUUUGUAUCUAUUAAAAUUUGGUUCAUUACUUUUGGCCCAGUUCUCCAAUCUGUUAAGGUCCUCUGGCAUCCCAAUUCUGUCUUCUGUAGCAUUAGCUACUGCUUCCAGUUUGGUAUCAUCUGCAAAUUGGUCAUAGGGCUUCGGUAAAUUUUGAAAUUGGAUUUGAAUUAACUCUUGGCUUUAAUAGGAUGCAUUUGAUGUGAAUUUAAUUUUGGCUUGUUUUCUAUUUUGAUAUUUGCUGCAUUCUGUUAUAUUGACUUCCAUUCCGAUCUGCUAAUUGAGUUGUUGUUUUCUGUUUUGCUGUCCUAUGCUAUGGCUUCCCUAGGGAAAGCAAAAAUGCAGGAUAUAAGCAGCAAAUAAAAUGGAAGAGAAAGGACACUCUGGAAAUUUCAGCUUAGUGUGAACACGUGCAAAAUUGCCUUUGAAGAAGUUGUCUGUCCCCAUCGCCGCCACCACCUGGUUUCAUUAUCCCUCGGCCAUCUGUACUCAGGGAGGUGUGUGUUACAGCUUUCUAUCCUCUAAAGGUCACUCUCCUAUCCUUUCAGGACUACCUCAUAAACAAUACACAGUCUAGACAGUCU